CCAGCUGCGGUGGUCCAAGGCGGUGAUGCUGAUGGAUCCGGCUUGACAGAACAAGGUUAUCCGCCAGGAGAGAGUCCGUCCAUUUUCUUCACUCGCGGCAGCAGCAGAUCCCCGCCCGCCCGCUCGCGCCACGGAGCGCGUCCCCGGGACUCCACGCACGGCAGAGGCGCAGGACGAGCACAGGUUGCCGCGCCCAACAUAACGCGGGAUGCGACCGACUCCUGCAGCUGGCUGGGAUGCAGUGCGCUUCAGAAGCACAAACGCAACUAUAGCGCUUUCGCGUAAUGUCGCGUGGAUGUGAAAAUAAGGCGCUUUGCUAGAAACGAGGAACGCAAAGAGAGAAUCUAGCCGAGGAGGGUUUGCAUCCGUGUGGAUGUGUAACAGGAAAAGUCUGCAUGGAUUUAAUUAGCUCCCGCUGAUCGUUCACGUGCGAACUUUUUCCCUCCGAGAAUGUGAAAGAAUAUCCCGCAUUCGAGUGUUUGAGAGUGCACACGGACCCGUUGAAGAUGCAGAUGCUGCUUUUAAGGACGAUCUUUUUCGUUGCGGGAUGCCCACAUGUUUUGCUGCGCGGGGGAAACCGUAACGCACACACCAAAGAGACGGCCAAUGUUACUAAUAGGAGCCUUCACGAUGCAAAAGCCAGUGCCACACACCCUGCGGGGCAUCAAGCCGCGGGUACACCUGCCUUUGACACCAUCAGACAGACUUCAGGAGACAACAGCAACUUGUCUUCGCAUCUCUGGCUGCUUCUGGAGAGCAGACAGUAUGGAUACAGACAUCUGCUGUCCAACAGAACACACACGGUCACGGUGAGUGGCUCACAGAAGCGCUUGCGGCGGCAUAAAAGGAAAAAGUUGAAUGGUGAGAUGCCCGCUACCAUGGGAACAGUAGGUGGACACAAUAACUCUAAGCCGCAUUCAAUGAGCAAGCGAGAGAGAAACCACAGACGCAAAAGAGGCACAAAGGAGCACCACAAGAAAACCUUCAAGAGCUCGAAAAGGGGCCCGAAUAAAAGCGCUCCCCCGCUGACACCAGUCGAAACUUAUUAUAACGCCCUGACAUCCUCUUUAACCAUGUGGGAACCGCUUCCCAAACCUCAAGCUCUCACCUCCACCGAUUUCCCAUUCGAUCUUACUGAAUUCCACACCAAACCCUUAGACGACCCAUGGGAUGCCACACCAAUGACCCCUCCGUAUGCUGAGGAUGAGGAGAGCAUCUUCUUCCCCAAUCCUUUCUACCCGGUCACUAGCGAAACAUACGGGGCGUAUGCAAUCACCAUCAUCUCCGUGCUUAUUUUUGCUGUGGGAAUAACGGGGAACAUAGCAAUAAUGUGUGUCGUGUGCCAUAACUACUACAUGAGGAGUAUCUCCAAUGCUCUUCUGGCCAACCUCGCCAUUUGGGACUUCGCACUGCUCUUGUUCUGCCUGCCCCUCGUGGUGUUUCACCAACUCACAAAGACUUGGCUGCUGGGCCAGUUCACCUGUAAAGUCGUACCAUAUAUCGAGGUGGCGUCUCUUGGCGUGACCACCUUCACCCUGUGCGCCCUCUGCAUUGACCGUUUCCGAGCCGCCACCAACGUCCAGAUGUACUACGAGAUGAUCGAGAACUGCACCUCCACCGCCGCCAAGCUGGCCGUCAUCUGGAUCGGUGCCUUACUCCUGGCCCUCCCCGAGCUCCUAAUCCGACAGCUGGUCUCUGAAAACGGCGACAAUACGGUGGACGACCCUACAUCUGAACGCUGCCUAAUCCGCAUCUCCACCUCACUCCCGGACACCCUCUACGUGUUGGGUUUGACCUACGAAGGUGCUCGAUUGUGGUGGUGUUUCGGCUGCUAUUUCUGCCUGCCCACACUUUUUACCAUCGGGAGCUCGGUGGCGACAGCUAGACGCAUCCGACGUGCAGAACGUGGCUGCGCACGAGGCAACAAGAAGCAGAUCCGACUAGAAAGCCAGAUGAACUGCACUGUAGUUGCGUUGGCGAUCGUUUAUGGUGCUUGUGUGGUGCCUGAAAAUGUGUGCAACAUGGUUUCGGCGUACAUGGCGGCUGGAGUCCCGCAGAGCACAAUGGCGCUGUUGCAUCUGCUCAGUCAGUUGCUGCUGUUUCUGCGAGCGGCUGUGACGCCGGUGCUGCUGCUGUGCCUCUGCAGACCCUUCGGUCGGGCUUUUCUGGAGUGCUGCUGCUGCUGCUGUGCCGAUGCAUGCGGGAUCGCGGCUCACUCUUCUGCUACGGCUAGUGAUGAUAAUGAGCACGAAUGCACGACUGAACUGGAGCUGUCGCCGUUCAGCACUAUCCGCAGAGAGAUGUCCAACUACACCGCGACUGGAUCGCACUGCUGAGCCCACAACUGUACUGUGACAAGCACACACUUCUGUCUGACCUGUGUACAUACAGUCACCACAAACCCAUGUGUUGAUAAAAGAAAGAAAGGAAAAAACAGUAAUGUAGACUGAUUUUUGUUUGUUUGUUUUUGUAUAAUUGUUCUUAAUAUAUAUAUGAAUAUAUAAACUGAACUAGUGACUGCUUUACUUUUGCAGUUUUGUUUUAUUUUUAUUUUUUGCACUGCCAAACACUUUAGCUUUCUCUUCACUUGGUUUUCACACACUUAUUACGCCGUGUCUACGCUGGAUGUGAUCGGCAUUGGAUUGUGAUUCAUUUCAGUUGAAUUGAUUUAGUUAAACUUGCAACAACAUUAUCUCUGACAGGAGUGCAAUCUAACCAAACACUAAUGGCAAAUUUGAUGUAAAAUUCAAUCAAAUGCACUGGAAACGGUAAAAAUACUGUAAAAAUACUGUAUCUCUUGCUGAAAACCACGUAAGCUUCAUGUGAAACAUGUUUGAAACAUUUGGAACACACAGAAAUUGUGGUUUUGGAACAUUUUUAUGUUAUAAAAAAUUGCAUCUUUAAUUUUUUUGCGUUAAAUUCUUCCAUUACCGGUUGGAGCCUUGGAUGGGUCCAGUUGACACUUCUGUGUGGAGUUUGCAUGUUCUCCCCGUGUUGCCGUGGGUUUCCUCUGGGUGCUCCGGUUUCUCCAACAGUCCAAAGGCAUGCGAAUUGGGUGAGCUAAAUUGUCUAGUGUAUGUGUGUAAAUGAGUGUAUGGGUGUUUCCCAGUGAUGGGUUGCAGCUGGAAAGGCAUCCACUGUGUAAAACAUAUGCUGGAUAAGUUGGCGGUUCAUUUCACUGUGGCGAGCC